CUGAAUGCUACGCACACACGCAUUGAUGGACCGAUGACAGAGACAGUCACAUAGAUAAAAGGCAAUCACGAUCCGUCUUCGCAGACAGAGAGACCCACCGACACGCAAACCCGUCGGCACCCGACUCACACACACACAGUCAGACGCUCACAAAUGCCGUGACAGACCCUGCUGCUGCAGCCACUCGUACAAUGUGGGGGCUUCCCAGCGAUUCUUUCUUCGGGAAUGGGUGUGAUGGGGCUGCCUUGUCACACAUCCAUUCGCCAACACAGCACCAUACUAGUAGUAGGCCUUUCCCUGGCCGUGCCGCGCGUCGUCCUUCCAAUGGCCGUCAUAGAUGACCCUGAUGCCGCGUCCAGUGAGCACAGCACGCCCAUCCCGCCGGGCACUCCAUUAGCCACCGCCGUAGUAGAGACCUCCAUGCUAAACGAUCGACGGAGUGUGGCAUUCAUCGUAGGCCUUCAGCUUCGCCUCAGCCUUCAUGCAAACACACAAUUGCUGGCUGACGUGUAUGUGUGACCUCCUCGCAGCGUCGCUUCCAUCCGUCCCUCUACGCCUUGUACUCGUCUCGCUGCUGCCUGAUGUCAUUGACGAGGACUGCUGGUCCUCCAUCUGCUUCUGGAUCAUCUCCAUGUCGACCGCAGUGAAGGCGCUCGACUGGCCGGCGUCUGAUAGGGCGUCGCUGUAGGCGGCCAUCGUCAGCAGCAGGAGCGGGAGAUCAGUUCGCCUGGUGCAGCUGACAGAGGGCGAGGCACAUGAAUCGUGUGUUGUGUGCUGGUUGGAUGCCCACCAUUGGCGCAGGCGCAUCUGCCGUCCUCUACUCGAGUGGUGUGCUCCCUCUUGCGCACGCACCUUGCCGUCACUGCAGACACACACAGUCACACAACAUGCAAGGCAGCUGUGGCAUUGACUCAUCGAAUUUCACACAUGUGCCCUCGUAUGUGUCCACCUUGCAGCACUUUGGCGCUUGCUGACAGAACAGCUCAAUCUGUGAAGCCCAAACACACAAACACCGACACAAAGAUGGUGACGGAUGGGAACACCUUGAGAUCUCCGAAAUGUCUUGAUUGUCACCGAUCUGUUUCCCCUUGCCUGCUUCGUUUCCUGUUUCCUUUUUAUACUGAGCUCGCACGGCGGAUCACACCCGUGUUGCCUUUUUGCCAUCCCCGGGCGCCGCUGUUGACCUGCCUGUGGCCCCCAGCUGUGCCUUUUUUGAUUGCCAUCGGCGAUCUGUCCAAAAUGAGCCGCCCUCCCGCCGCUCCGACGAGGGGCGGAAGACCUGCGCCAU